AUGGCCUCCUUUGCUCGCUCAUCGCUGGUUCGACAGUCUCUUGCGGCCAACCGGUCGCCUUUGCUGCGCCAGAAUGUUGGCGUGUCGCAAGUGGUCGCAUUCCACGCCUCCGCCCGAAAGCAAAUCCUGCCUCCGCUGCCUCUGAACGACCCUGUUCCUACCCCCGCUCCUCAUCCCGUGGAGGGUAGCUACCACUGGACGUUCGAAAGAGCUGUCAGCGUCGGCCUUAUUCCUCUUACUAUCGCUCCUUUCGCCGCGGGCUCCCUCAACCCCGUCAUGGACGCCGUUCUUUGCACUCUCCUUGUUGCUCACUCGCACGUCGGCUUCCAGGCUGCCAUCAUUGACUACUUCCGCCCCCAGCGUGUUCCCAAGUUCAGCUCUUUCUGCCACUGGCUUCUGCGCGCUUUCACUCUUACCACCGCUGUUGGUCUCUACGAGUUUGAGACGAACGAUGUGGGUGUGACCGAGGCCUUGCGCCGGAUCUGGAACGCAUAG